AUGAAUAUUUUUGUGGUAGAAAAAGUGAAGAUUCCUUAUGAUAAGCCUUACAUCAUAUUGAAAGGAGAGGGAAAGAGAAGAACUUUUGUUGAGUGGGAUGACCAUGAUAAUACCUCACAGAGUCCUACGUUUGUAGCCAUGGCUGACAACGUUGUUGUCAAAUCCAUGAGCUUUAGGAAUUCAUACAACAACCCAAUAAACAGUAAAGCCAUUAAGCCUGCUGUGGCAGCAAUGGUGAGUGGAGACAAGUCUUACUUUUUGAGAGUUGGUUUCUUCGGUUUGCAAGACACUUUAUGGGACGACAGAGGAAGACAUUACUACAAGCUUUGCACCAUUCAAGGUGCCAUUGAUUUUAUCUUCGGUGCAGGCCAAUCAUUAUUUGAGAGGUGUUCCAUAUCUGUGAUUGGUGGAGCACUAGAUCCUGGGUUACCAGGGUUCAUCACAGCACAAGGGAGAACACAUUCACAAGACGAAAAUGGCUUUGUUUUCAUUGAUUCUCAUGUCUUUGGAAAUGGAACAACUUACUUGGGGAGGCCAUGGAGAAGUCAUGCUAGGGUUUUGUUUUACAAGACCAACUUCUCCAACGUUAUACAACCUGCUGGUUGGGAUGCAUGGAAAUUUGCUCCAAACGAGAGUGGCAUAACAUUUGCAGAGUAUGGGAACUUUGGGCCUGGUUCUGACACUUCUCAAAGAGUGAGUUGGACCAAGAAGUUGGAUUUAGAAACAAUUCAGAAUAUGACAAGCACCAAGUUCAUUGACACUGAUGGCUGGCUUCAGAAACAACCAUUCUAA